AUGCAUGCACGCCAUCACCCGAUCACAACGGCUUGCGAGCGAGCGAACGCAUGCAAAACACGGCGAUGGAUCAGCGGCGACGCAGGAGGAGGGCAGUCGUUGGGUCUCAGGGAGCGCCAUACCGGGCGUGCGCUCGCGUCCCUCACCACCACGGCGUGCAAACACGCCGUGUCGUUCGUUCGCCGCUACCACAUUCCCCGCACCCAACGAGACGACUCCAUCGCGUACGGCUGGCCACGCUAUCAUCGCCGUCAAUGCAGCAUCAUGAACGCGCGCACGAACGGGUUUUCAGGUGAGUCGCCGUCGCUCUCGCUCGCGUCCUUCAUCAACACGGCGUGUUUGCACGCCGUGUCCUUCGUUCGCCAUUACCACAUUCCCCGCACCGAACGAGACAGCUCCACCGCGUACGGCCACGGUAUCAUCGCCGUCAAUGUAGCGUCACGAACGCGCGCACGUCUACAAGGCCCUCCCACCGUCUCCAGCGGCGCCGCAGCAGGAGGGCGAGGCGGGGAUCUCAUGGAGCGCGAACGCUUCAUCAGCGUCCUCCCUGCCUCUCGUUCGACCGCCCCAGUGCUCUGCGACCUCGAAGCCCUCGCAAGAACGCACGCGAUGCAUCGUGCCCAUGCCUCGCGGAUCACCCAUUUCUUCUUGCCUUACACAACGACCAGCCACCCGCUCGCGCGUUCUUCACCACUACAGCACACGAACCGGCCGCGUUCUCUGCCUACCCUAUCCGCCGCCUAUGCCGUCACCCGAUCAUCACGGCUCCUGAGCACACAGACGCACGCAAGAGAUGGCGACCCGGCGAUGGCGACUCCACAGGAGGACGACGGGUUGUCAGGAGAAUCUGGGACGGGUGCCCCAGCUCACCGCGCAUGGUACCCCGCCAUCAGGAUUCAUCCACGACAGGCGAACGCGCAAACGGACGGCUUGCGCAGCUCACCCCGCCUCACGCUCCGCCGGUCACCCGUCUCCUCUCGCACUACGGCCACCCUCCCCCCCCUAGCCACGCCCUCCGCGGUCCCCCCAUCUUCCCAGACCCCGAUCGUGCCCGACUUUAGCAACGCAUGGGACAUCGCAUAUGCAAAGGCAGAGGCGUUCGUCGCGGGGCUCACGCUCGAGCAGAAGGUCAAUGUCAGCAUGGGCGUGUAUCGGGAGCAGGGUUUGUGUGUUGGGAAUAUCGGGCAGCCGUCUUUGUGUCCCGCGCUGCCCACGUCGCCCGCCACUUCUCCGCUGUUCCCCUUGACCUGCCUCUCGACGACACCGGUCCCGUGCGCCCCUACGUGUGUCUCGCCAUUCGUCCAUGCUAGCAAGCUGUCCCUGGAUCGCGUCCGACCGUUCACGCACACCCGGAGGUUGGCAGGCCAGCCGUCAGCUGUCCCUGCCUUGGCUACGAUAUCGGGGGAUCCCUCGGGAAUGCACGCGCCCGUGCCCGGCACUGAACUGCAGCUGGGAGGAUGCAUAUUGGGUGACAGGCAGCGGACGCUUCGAGUCGUUCUUGCUCGACGCUACCUGCUCCGAGCGCCAUUCCACCCGUCGCUCUGUGUGCCUGUUAUCUCUGGACAGGUCGCUCGGGAAUGCAUGCGGCUGCAAACGGCGAUAGACUAUGGCUGGAGGGAAGCAUGUUGA